CUGACACCGGCCGCAGCGGGACAUUCGCCGCCGGAAACGGUCGUCGGAGGCAAGAAAUUAUUGGCCCAGGCUGUGGAGCCAGCAUUGGAGCCAGAACCUGUCAAUCUUCCAGCGCCUCUGGGCCUGGAUCUGUCCGUCUCGAGCGCCCGUUUCAUGGAUUACUACCGACACAACCUCGCGGGUCUGAUGGUUUGGUUGGACUCCGAAGAGAACGAUUACCGUAAACGCGUCGUCCCGCUAGCUGAAGAUCAACCGGCUAUUGGCUUCGCUAUCAUGGCGUUCGCGGCCCAACAUGGAGCCAUGACCUUUCCUCACGAGAACAUCGCCACGAUGGCCGAAAGCGCUCGAGACAGGUGUCUACAGCUGAUUCAGUCUCGGGCGCAGGAGAUGACCACCAAAGUGAUUCAAGGCUUUGAGCUGAACACUCAUUCCGACAUCGCCGAUGCGGAGUGGAUGCUGGCCUCUAUCCUCAUCAUCGGCAACUACGAGAACGCCAGGUGCUGCCCAGGGGUCGCUGACGGACAUAGGCGGGCCGCCCGCACUAUUGUGAACUUGUUCAGCCACUCGGUGUCUGCCGAAGGCCGCGAACUGUUUGCGUUCCUGCGUAACCAACUGGCUAUCGAAGAUGUGCUAGCCGCUACGACAUCGUUCGACCCAUCCCUGAUCAAAAACGCAAUCACGCCUGUCCCGGGCUCGGAUUCCCUGGUGUUCUCAAAGUACCUCGCAUUCUUGCACCAAGUCACACUGACUGCUACAAAAGCCGUCGAGAUCGACUACUGCGAAGAAUCUCGGGAAUCCUAUCUCACCCUGGCUGUCGUCCAGUCCGAGCUUGAGCAAGCGCGGGGUGCUACUCUCAUGGCUGCUGGACGUCUGGGACUGGGAAGUUCCAAGAUGACUCGCGACUUCGUGCGACUGGUCGAAGUAUACCACAACGCCGGACUUCUUUAUUCCUUCCACUGUCUUGAAAUCUCCGGCAGGGAUAGUGCUGAAUGGAUGACGGCAGCUGGGGGGCUGUUUGACCAACUCACCGGGUUCGAGGACCAGGCCACCUCCAUUCAGAAUCUACCAUGGCCGGCGUUUAUCGCCGGUACGGUAUGCCACGGUGAUAAGCAGCGACAGAGGACGAUUCUGAGUGUUUUUGACGCUAUUCACGAAGCCACCAAGUUCAAUCACUACCUUCACGCGGUCGACUUCCUCAAGACCUUCUGGGCUGGCCGCGACACCGAUUGGCGUCCUCUUGCGCGGUUAAGAGAGGCAUCGGGACAAAGAAUUAUCGUGGCAUGA